CCUCCUUCCUUCCUUUUCCGGCGGGCCGAGCGCUUCGGUUUUCCGGGGCUGGCUGAGGCGAUGGCGGCCGGAGGCACCGAUGCUGUGGAUGUGGAGGAGGAUGCUUCUCAGCUCUUAUUUCCCAAGGAAUUUGAGACUGCCGAAACCCUUCUAAAUUCAGAAGUGCACAUGCUUCUUGAACACCGGAAACAGCAGAAUGAGAGUGCAGAAGAUGAGCAGGAGCUCUCGGAAGUAUUCAUGAAAACCUUGAACUAUACUGCUCGCUUCAGCCGCUUCAAAAACCGGGAGACUAUUGCUAGUGUCCGCAGUUUAUUACUCCAGAAGAAGCUCCAUAAAUUUGAAUUGGCGUGUUUAGCUAAUUUAUGUCCUGAGACAGCUGAGGAGGCCAAAGCUUUAAUUCCCAGCUUAGAGGGUCGGUUUGAAGAUGAAGAGUUGCAGCAGAUUCUUGAUGACAUUCAGACCAAGCGAAGUUUUCAGUAUUAGAAGGAACAACCAGACCCUCCGAACUCUGAACAUUGAAAAAGAGAAAUCUAGAAAUGUUCAUUUAUUUAUUUACAUCUCUGGACCAGUUCUGACUAUCUCUCGAUAGAAAAGAGAAGCUGAUGUAGGGUAAUGACAUGCUUUUAAAAAGGGUUUCUUAGCUCUUUGGACUUGUUGAAUGUCGAGAGUUGGCAAGACUAAUGUGGCAUGAGCCACAGAACUCUUGAGAAGUUUGCCUUGAUUAGUUUAAUAUUUGUUUCCAAACUUUGCCUUCCUCCUGGGAAUAUACAGAAUGUUUAUGGGGCCAGACAGAAUAAUUGACACACCAUUGUUAAUCUGAACAUAUGUUGCCCAAGAUAGGAGAAACUUUUCCUCUUAUAUUUUGACAAUUGUAAUAGUAGAAUCAGGUUAGAUAAAUUUGUGUGAUUUUUCGAUGUGUUUGAUCAAAAGCCUGAGUUUUUCUCUUCAACAAUAUUUUUGUACAAUUGUUUGUGAAUUAAAGUAUAGUAUUUCUAA